UUUAAUUCGACUAAAUCGAUUCACUGCAGACAUCUCAAGUGCAAUUUUAAAUCGACAUAAUGGCGUUUAAGAUGGUUGCCCUAUUUGCCACUCUGGCCUGUGCCAGCGCUGGCUACCUUGAAGCUGAUCACCACUCGGCACACUACUCCCCAGCCUCGGCCGUCAGCUAUAGCUCGAUCACCCGUGAGCACCAUCCAACUAAAAUUUCCAAGACCGUAUCCUAUGCCGAACCGGCUGUCCACUACGCCGCUCCAGUCACCAAGACCGUAUCAUACGCUGAACCAACUGUCCACUACGCUGCUCCAAUUACGAAGACCCUGGCAUACGCCCAACCUGCUGUGCACUACGCCGCCCCGGUUGCCCAGCCAUCGGUCCAGUACGUCCAUGAGCCAACUUACACCAAGACUGUUGUUGCUGAACCAACCUAUGUGCACCAGCAGCCAACCGUAUACAAUGCCAAGACAUUAUCCUACCAAGCUCCACUCACCUACAGCGCCCCAGAAACCAAGACCUACGUAUCCGAGCCAAUCUACGCCAAGACCUAUGCUUCUGCACCAGUCUAUGCCAAAACCUAUGCCUCCGAACCAGUCUACACCAAGGCCAUUGUUCAGCAGCCGACCUACGUCAAAACCGCCCAGCCCUUGUACGCUCAUUCCGCUCCAGUUGUUGCCGCCAAAACUCUGAGCUAUGCUCCAGAAUCCUCAUCUGCUCACGUUAGCUUCCAGGAUGCCAGUGCUCAUCAUGCUUGGUAAAAACAGAGAAGAUACUUUUUCAGAACUC